AUGCGGCACGUCUCAACCCUCUUCUCGAUUCUCUUCGCUUUCUGCGCCUUUGGCAACGCAUCACGUUUUGCGCCCGCUCAACGAUCAAGACUCGGUCCCCGAAAAAGUUGCCCAGCUACUUAUACAUCGGAAACAAUCGACGGAGAACAACACUGCGUCGCACCACGCUCAGAUGAUUACAGAAGGGAAAUCGUCAACGGAGUACCACCAGAAGGCGUCCGUGCCAACCCCUCCAGAAACCCAGCCCAACAAUCCGCCGUCGCAGCCGAAAGAGCCACAGUCAGCGCCACCGAGGCCCUAAUAAUCUCUCAAAACAACCAAGGCGUCAGCGCCGGCGCCGUCGUCCCGGCGAACCCCGACCCCUGCGGCCCUCCGACCGGCCAGGCGCCGGGUGUCGCGGGCUCCCUGUCGACGUGCCAUGCGAAUGUCAGCGUGGCGGAUUUGGGUCAGCCAAGCUAUUAUGGCGUGCAGUGCACGAAUGACAAUUCGGGGUUUACACUCGAGCAGGGGACUUGCUCGGAUUCUUUGCUCACGGUAUGCGAUCAGAUUUCGGGCCAGUGGGGGGUGCAGUAUCAGGAUACCGAUACGUGGAUUUGGUCGACGGAGGAUGGGAACUGUACGUUUGGGUAUUGGUGGGUUUUCCCAAUUUUCUUAGGAGCACUGGCUCUUGAUGCUGUUUUCACGACCCGACCUCCGCCUUUUCAGGAGAAUCCUACUGAUGGUGAGGAUAUCAAUAGGUUGCCCAAAGGUGGUGCACCGCCUCCAUCAGUCGGAAGGUGCCAAGAGCAGAUCACCAGCGUCAUUAGCCAGUCUUGCGCGGGACCUGUGUUCAAUGCUGGAGGGGUCAAUGUAAAAAAAUUUCCCAGCGCCGGCGCGUCUAAUACUUCGUCGACGGGGUUGCCGGUGGAUCCCAUGUAUCCGAGUUAUGUCAUGAUGCCUUUCAAGAGCUAUUGCGGGAUUAACGUCAUGGAUAAUUGCUGA